AUGUCAGCCCGCACCAGACGGUUCUCCGCGGGAGAUGUUGACAGAGUCAAGCCUUGGUCGCUUACCAGAGAACAAACCAUAGAUCUUAUGGAAAGACGCCAGGAGGCAGCGGUGAUGAAGUACGUUCGGGAGAUCAGCAGAUUGAGCGAAGAGGGAAACUGGCAAAUCGAGACGCCUCGCAAAAGGCCUCGCCGGGAGCUGGCAGAAAUGGCUGCAAACAAGGAAGCGGUUCCGAAAACUGUGGAUUUUGGCAAGAUGAACAGUGCCCAGAUCGCUGUGGUGAUGCAAGAUGAACAGGCGGCGAUGGAGAGCCGGUUGAAGCAGACGGUUGUGCUGCUUCAGGCAGAAAGGCAUCGGAGGCGGUACGAGAGUGUGAGCUUUUAG